UUUGACGCGGAUGAUACGGGGUUUUAAUGACUCGUUUCGGUUUCUUAGCAUUUUCCCAUUCAUCUUCGUCAUCUUCUUCACCUGCCACAGGUCUCUUUGGCGUAUUCGGCGGCUGUAAGAAACAACUUUGUAAGACACUCGCUCUGAUAACUCAGUACACGUCAUAACAUUCGCGGACAUUAGAAGUGAAUGGAAAGAAUUACUAAACAAUAUGGAAACACUAUAUCAUCAAACAAAUAAAUUAGUCCAAGAGACUCAACAUCUAUUUUCACAACUUGAGAAAAAAACGCCUAACCUGAAUAUCCACGAAAUCGAAAACUCUAUAGAGUCGAAAAUAAAUGUUAUCAACAGUAAUUGCGAAAGAUUGGAUGUGUUAUGUCUAAAAGGUCCCAUACAUCAGAGGCAAAAUGCCAAGAUGCGAGUUGAUCAAUUGAAAUAUGACAGUCGUCACUUGAUGGCUGCUUUGAAUUCAUGGCGUAAUAAAAUACUUAGACAGCAAAGAGAAGAAGCUGAGAGAGAGGCAUUAUUGUCUACAACAUUUACUGCAAAUGAUCAUGUUGAUAUUAUGAUUGAUCACAAUGUUCAGCAUAAUAAUGGCUUGCGGAAUGCACUGCAUGGGAUGGAUGAUCUUCUUCAAAGUGGAAGCAGUAUUUUAGACAAUUUGAGAUCACAAAGAAUAACAUUAAAAGGGGCUCACAAAAGAUUAAUAGAUAUUGGAAACGCAUUGGGGCUAUCAAAUACCACAAUGAGGCUAAUAGAAAAAAGAGCUAGACAAGAUGGAUUUGUUUUAGUUGGAGGAAUGGUUUUUACAUGCAUCGUCAUAGUUUUAGUUAUAAUGUACCUUGCAUAAAAACAAUAUAACGAAAUAUUUGCAUAGAUUGAUGUAAUUAAUAAUAAUGCAAUUGAAAUAUU